GUCUUAACACAAGUUUUGUUUCUGACUUUAAAAGGUUCGACAUAUCGCAUCGCUAAGCAACGCCCUCAAUACGGCUUUCGAUUUGACACCAAACUACCAUUAGCCAUGUCUUCUCUCCAGAACACUGCUUCUCCUAACAUGGAUCGCAGAUCUUCAUUAAGAACUCGAGUUCCAAAACUACCCGAUAUCAAAGGACCAUCAAGUUCGGCUCGAAAAUCCCUUAGACAGCUUCUCAGACAACCCACGACUGCCACCGAAACAGUUGCCCUGUCACCAAUGAAUACUACGGCCGCAGCAUUCGUAACGGCUUUUACACCUAGAACUUACCGGUCAAUUUAUCCAAAGCUUGAUGUCGUACCAGUAUCAAGUGAACCAGCUGAACAAAUAGCUAUAGUUACCAACAAUUCCUCCUCUUCUGCCUCACCAAAAAAGAAGAUGAGACUUCGCAAACAGAUCCCACCUUCAUCAACAAACAAGCAUGCGGUCUCUGGAAUAUCUUCUCUAGAUUUGAAAACUUCGGCUCAAGCAAAUUCUACAAAAGAAUCCCCAAAGGCACACGACAAGCAGUCAGUUAUCAAUUUAGCCAGAACAUCCAUUCCUCUUGCUUCUACUCAUAAAAUUAUUUCCGAUCUCGACUCACAAGACGAGGAUAAGAUGCCAGCUAGAAAGUCAACAAUGGUGCCAAAGCGAUCCAGGAGUUCAUCCCAGAACUCAUCCCAGAACAACAAGAAGCGUAGUCGCCAGAUGUUCGAGGAACCUGAAAAGAUUUGCAUGAUCAGUUGUGGUAUCGGUGGCCAACUAGAUGAAUACGCGACCUUUUACUUCACAGAAACCGAUUUCAAAGCCCUACUUGAGACCGCACCUCAUUUUAACAAAUUUCGCAAGCCUUACUCCAACUCUAUCUAUAUCCGCGGAUACAUGGCCUUAUCUUCUAGAGUCAUCAUUCAAUGGCUCACUAAGGGUACAAUUAUGCCACUUGAAUUACAUAAGCCAGGACGAGCCGAUGGCUUUUCUAAUUACCCUUUCGUCCACACGUACAUUAUGGCAAAUGAUUUCGAUCUCCCUGAAAUGUGCGAUGAGCUUAUGGAUACGGCUAUGAGAGAGCUUUGGGGUAGUGGCGAUGAAGCAGUCAUCUUACCAGAUGCUCGGGAUUUGUAUACCGUUUAUUCGCAAACCCAUCCCGGUAAUCCUUUGAGAAAGCUCUACAUUGCGGUUUUCGACUGGCUCUUGACCUCCGAUGAAUGCAACCGAGACACUGGUAGACCCAGAAUCUCCAGCUCGGAGCUUUGGAAUCUCCUGUCCCGCUCUGAAAAUGCUGGUAUUGACUACAUCAACUACUGCAGAAGCCAGAUCACUGAUCGAGGAACAUAUGAGCAUCCUCUCGAUCCACGAAAAUGGAAUUUAUGCGAGUUGCAUCAGCAUUUUCCCUUUAAUGAUUGUCCUAUGUGGAUUAAACAACGUAAUGCAGUUCUAGAGGACAACUGAGCCUGCGGCAUUGAAUGUUCCCCAAUGGAAUAUUCCUAGGUGACUUGCACAAUUUACAGAGGUCAUGAGAGAAUUUGAUGUUAUGGAUUGAUCUGGGAUUACUAUCUAUGACUUGUGCAUUUUUGGAGCACCAUCAAGUAGGUUUGUGAUACCUUUGAGGGGGGAAGAUAGAUACAUGACUUACGAUAAUAUUUCAUCUACGCUUCUACGUGCCUAUGAAGUUGCAAGUGUUUAAAUAGAAACCUUUUAUUCCA